AUGGCUGAGGAAGUGACGGCUGUGCUGCGGAUGAGCAAGGAUGGUACCACGUUCGGCUUUCAGCUCCGGCAAAUAGAUAUCGGCGAGCAUGUCAUAUACAAGAUCAUCGACAACACGCCCGCUGACAUGUGUGCAAAGGUGGAGAUAGGCGAUAUUGUGCUAAAAAUCAACGGCGUAGACGUCACUGGAUUGGCUACCAAAGAUGUGGUAAAAUGUGUACGGGUUUCACCAAACCCUAUGACGCUGCAGCUCCGAAAAGAUCCGCACGUGAAGCGUACGGUGUAUGAUAUGAUCAAAUCCACUUCACCCGAACGGGUACUGCACCAUCAACAGCAUCAGCUUCAGUCGCCACUGUCCCAGGGCCCGGAAGAGUAUACGGUAGAGCUGCGGCGCAAAAAGGACGAUACGCGGCUUGGCUUUGUGGUGCGUGCAACCGAUGUACUCGAUCACGUGAUCGUAGAGAUACGGGAAGAUUCGCCAGCUGCGCUCUGUGGAAAGGUGGAAGUUGGUGACGUUUUUCUUAAAAUUAACGAAACCGAUGCACAACAGUAUUCCCCACGAGAUGUGCUAAAGUGUUUGGGUAACGCUACCGAACCCAUAACAUUGCGUUUGAAACGAGAUCCUUGGAUCAAAAAAUACUUACGCGAACAGUACCAGCACGAACAGUUGGUAAUGAGUGACGAUUCGAUUGAAUCACAAUCGUGCAAGGUAAGUAGUGACAAUACGAACGGUUCACCAUCGCAUCCUGUAUCGCGCCUAGCCCAACCGAAACGUUCCAAGUUGUUGUCGCUCGACUCGGUGCUGAACCUCAACUCUCCCAAUACACAGGCAGGCGGGCGGACACCGGGGAAUGGCAAUCCGCACGCAGUGCGCGAGUGCCUAUCGGAAUCUGCCUGUCGUCCGUCCCGUAUACCGCAGGCGAUUGCACAAAAUAACUGGAGUGCACCACAGUCGCCGUCGCGUGGCAGGAAACCGCCCCGGCCGUCGCAGAUACCGACGGCAAGGCCCGACUUGCUUGUCACCCGUUUCGUUAUGACCGGUGAGUCUCAGUUUGAGACGCGGUACAACGUACCCGACGUGCAGACGCGUAAGCGAAUGAAAGCACCGCUGGUCAACUACGAUACGCUUUCCUCAUCGACCAGCCGCUCGGAAGACAAUAGCAACAGCAGCAGCUGUCUGAUGGAAGACAACGCAAACAACGAUCCAACCCAACCACCCUCGCCGGCUUCCCCGCUCUCGCCAACGGAUGGGCCGGUAAGCGACAAUAACGGACUGGGCCGUUGCGGCAACGGUGACGCUGGUCCGGUAAGCAAAAAGAAACCGCAUGGCGGUAGCAACGAUAACCACGGCUCGAACGGUAACAACAAUCUGCCGACGAGCGGUUCGUACGGUUCGAUCGGUACGACUGGCGAAAAGGGCGACAUGGUGGCAAAUCGAAGCAAUAAGGCGGAGGGUAGCGAACGUGACGGUAGGCGAGACGAUACCGCCGAGGGUGGUAACAGUGGAAACCAAAACGCAUACAGCAACGCGAAGGCAGACACCAAUCAUAGUGAUGCUGGUGGUCGGGAUGGUGGUAACGUUGCCUGGCCGAAAGACUGUGAUAGUGCGACCGGUGUUCCUAGCGGUGGUAUGCAGCUGCUAGCGAACAGUGACGCAACAACCAGGCAGCAGCGCCAUAACGUUGGUUCACGCUCGAAGGGUGACCCGAGCGAGGUUAGCUACUCGGUGCCAACAUCCCCCACAACGUACGGUGUGGGAAGUGGUAGUGGUGCCGGAGGUGUGGGUGAACAUUUGCUGUCCGCUGGCAAUACCGGACAUGAUUCGCAACAUCGCAACAACAACGAGAUGAGCAUCAACUCUAUGCCAACCAGCCCGGAGUACGCUGGUGCAGGCGGCCAUCACCAUCAUCAGAUGUUCCGGUACGGUGCCGGAACGGGCCCGGAUCACUCAUCGAUCGGUGGUGGCGCGGGUGGUGAUACCAGCAGCGGGGAACUAACGGCCAACACGAACAUGAGCUCUGGGUCGGGACCGAACGGUGGUAUGAUACGCAAAUGUGAUGCCGCUGGCUUCCGUACUAGUCGUUCGGAGGACCAUUUGCAGCAGACGCAACGGGACGGUGGCAUUGGGGCAGUUGUAUCGAUUGAUAUCGACGAGGACGUGAACAGUUCACUGAACACACUGCUCGAUACACGCCACGAUUCGCAGGAAUAUGCGAUACCGGAACGCGAGCGGUUUCUAUGGUCGUACAACGCGCAGGCAGCUCCAAAGACAGCCGGCAGUACUGGUGGCGAGCAUGUCGGCAGCAAUGCCACCGAACCCGGUGCCAAUGUGGUCUCACCACAAUCCUUCUCCAGCUCGGUUAGCUCCUCACCGCAGCGUUCCGCUAGCGACAGUCCCGCUUCACCUACCUCCGUUUCGAGCUCAGUCAUGUCUUCCUCUGGCGGGUCCCGUGAACAUUCGCAUGCUGGUGGUGCCGGUACGGCUAGUUCCUCGAUCGCCAACAAUCUUCCGGGUGGACACGGUGCACCGGGCAGCGGUAACCAAUAUCAUCAGCAACAAUCGCAGCAGCAGCAGCAGCAGCAAAACCAUCACCAUCAUCAGCAACAGCAACAGCAGCAACUACAUCAUCACCAUCAACAACUGCAACAGCAGCACUCGUCCAGCGGACAGCAUCCACCCAGCCAGUCCGGGUAUGGUGGUGGCCGUGAUCAUAGUGUAUCGGAGGCGGUAUCGAACAUCUCCAGCCCAGACUAUCAGGACGAGCAUGAUUUGCUCAGCACGAAAGACCUUAUGGCAAUGGCGAUCAGCGAUCCGAGCGAUUCGGAUUCAACCAUACUGAUAUCGGAAAAUACACACCGAUGCGACUUACCGAUGAAUCACACCGAGCGAGACCACAAGCUCGUCAUCCAGGUGAAGUCGGGCGAAGGCGGUAAUGGUGGUGGACCGGACCUAGAGGAAGAUUACGACGGUGCACGGUGUCUCGCGCUGCUGAAGGAAGCCGAACGGUCCGAGCUGGAAAGUUUCGAUUUAUUAGUGGAGGACGGCAUAAUGCCACCGACCAGCGCUGCCAACCUGUUGCCGGGUUAUGCGGACAGCACCGCGUACGGUGGUAGCGUUACGCGCGAAUCAUCUCCGCCGGUUUCCGACGAUGGUAGUGACGUGGACUCGUUACACUCGUUCCAUUACUCACCCAAAGGCGUCGAUCUGCCAUCGGCCGAGCGGCUUGCCAAGCGGCUUUACUAUCUGGAAGGCUUCAAGAAGAGCGAUGUCUCACGGCAGCUCUGCAAAAACAACGAUUUCAGCCGGGCAGUCGCUGAAGAAUAUUUGAAGUUCUUUUUCUUCGAAUGUCUCUCACUAGAUAAGGCGCUGCGAAUGUUUUUGAAGCAGUUUUCGUUAACUGGAGAAACGCAGGAACGCGAGCGUGUUCUGGUACAUUUCUCCAAGCGGUACCUGGAUUGCAAUCCGCGUUCGUUUAACUCACAAGAUGCUGUGCAUACACUCACGUGUGCUAUAAUGCUACUAAAUACGGACCUCCACGGGCAGAACAUAGGGUCGAAAAUGACGUGCGCAGAGUUUAUCGACAAUCUGAGUGACCUGAACGAUGGCGAAAACUUCCCCAAGGGUGUGCUGAAACAAUUGUAUUAUUCCAUCAAAGACAAGCAACUCGAGUGGGCACUGGAUGACGAUACCGAUCCAAAAACGGGUAACCGUAACGCUGAUGGCAACGGCAAUGGUGGCAAUGGUAAUGGGCUCGGUGGCGGUCCCGGCGGUCUGAACGGUGGCUCAGGUGAUGGUGGAUCAACGGGUGGUAGUCUGCAGGGGCCACCGGUAGGGCCAAAUCCAUUCCUCGAGGCGCCGGCCAUGUUUGCUGCGGUAGAGUACAAAAAGGGUUACGUCAUGCGGAAGUGCUGUUACGACACGAACUACAAGAAGACUUGCUGCGGCUUUGCUUGCACCUUUUCAGCCCCAUUCGGACGGCGCUCGUGGAAGAUGUUCUUUUGCACGCUGCGCGAUCUGGUGCUGUACUUGCACAAGGACGAGCACGGCUUCCGGAAGAACCAGAUGUCGGACAAUGUGCACAACGCGAUCCGUAUCCAUCAUGCGCUGGCGACGCGUGCCAGCGACUACACGAAGAAGCAGCAUGUCUUCCGACUGCAAACGGCCGACCAGUCAGAGUUUCUGUUCCAGACGAGCGAUUCAAAAGAGCUGCAGUCCUGGAUCGACACGAUCAACUUCGUGUGUGCGUCCUUUUCUGCACCACCGCUCGAGGGUGGAGUCGGUAGUCAAAAAAGAUUUCAACGACCGUUGCUACCGUGCACACACAGCCGUUUGCUGAUGCGCGAUCAGUUGGCGUCACACGAGCGGCAGGUGAAUAAAAUAUUAAGUCUACUGGAAGAGCACAAGGUAUCGACCGCACCACCGAAAGGUUUGGCGCUGCAGAACUAUAAGGAAAAGGAGGUGUACCUCCAGUACGAGCUUAAGCGGUACAAAACGUACUACAAUCUGCUCAGCUCCCGCCUGACAAUGGAGCCACAGGAUUUCAAUAACCAGCAUCAGGUCAGUGCGGCCGCACUGAACGACACCGGCGAAAGGCGUGAUGAUUCCUGCAGCACGAUGUUGCCACUCGGCGGGUUCGGUGAGUACGGUGCCAACAGUCAUCCGGUACCGGGUCAGCCACGGAACCAAACGGCCGGUAGCCUUAUGCCCAACUUCAUCCAGCAGCACCAAGGUAGCAAUGCGGUGACCAACGCCACCGGUCGGCCAGGAAUUUCGCCGCCGGACACGACACUCGGUGGUCAGGGCAUCGCAACACAGCAGCCUACCAACACCCUGUAG